AUGGAUUUGGCACGAUGGGCCCUGAGUGGAAUAGGCGGGGCUGAUGGCGAGGAACAACAGCAAGAGCAGCAAGAUCAGCAGGAGAACCAGCAAGCGAGCGCAACACCGGAGUCCGGCGAUGCACAAGUGGAGAAGCUAGUGGAGGAGUACAAAAAACAAGAAGAGGCGAAUUGGGCACUUGCAAACAAGGGUAACGCUAAUGAGUUGAAAGUAGAUAUCCUAAAAGUUCACGGGCUCAUUCGCGAGAUUAACCCUAAUCCACGCUCACUGUCGACAAGCCAGGUUGCCACGAACAACAGCACAGACAUCCAACCUCCUAGCAAGAGAGCGAAGAAAGGACCACACCAAGAGUGGUCCAUUGAAGUCCUUCCGGAACUGAAGGAGGAGGUUGAGGCCAUGGAAGAAGCGUGGAACAACAUUUUGGAGGGGGGCGUUUCCGGUCGUGAAGCAGACAGAAGACCGUCACCGCGAAGUGCUCCACAGAAUUAUUAUCAACCAGUUCUGGUUGAUUCCCAACCAGAUUCUCAAGGGUCUAACGCGUCUGCCGCUUGCGAUUUGUUCAAUGCUGAGACGACCGCAAAAGAGGCCUUGGACAUUCUCAGAGACAACCGCAAUAAUGGUAUCGACAAAUUCGAGGAGAACUACACACAAUGGGUGGUGAACCGUAUUCUCGGUGCAGCUCUUCCUGCCAUUGCCAAGAAGAACAAGAAGUGGCUAUCUAAGUUCCCGAUCCUUCAGGAUAAGAUGGACAUUGGACUCUACGCAGAAACAACAGACAAAAGGAGCCAACUGAACCGGUAUCCAGACAGCGUCAUUUUCCUCGAAGGGAAAGGAGGGGACAACAAGUUCAACCGCGAGGUCGCUGGCGUCAGCAACCUCGUGUCUUUCGAGCACAAGAGCGAUAUUUCUGAUGCAACGAAGCGUGAGGAUGCGAUAUUGGAAUUGAAGAGGGAUUUUAUCAAGAAGCUGAAUUCGGUUGAUAUCCUCUCGCCGGCAGUGGGUGAACUAGCCAAAUGGCUUGCAUUUAUGUGCAGGAUGAGUCUUUUGGAGGCCCACGCUGGGAUGAUUGAUGAUGGUGUUGCAAAGUCGCUACACAUUCUCACAGACACCACCACUGAAUUCUUGGUAUCAGAAAUCCUUGCAGAGGACAGAUACUUCGUGGCCAAGGCCACCGCCAAUAGGGGCGAGAAAGUUGUCUUGAAGAUGCCGUGGAGCCGGAAACCCCGCUACAAACGCAUAUGCGACGAGCGCUUCAACCUGAUGCAAAUGCAGACCUGCGAUGCAGUUGUAAACUUGGUAAGCGGAUACGGCCACCUUCCGUUCUUGGUACUGGAAGACGUUGGUAUCCCUUUGGACAAACUCGUUGUCAGUGGAAAGGUGGGGAAAGAGCUUGCUAAGGUGGUAAAACGAGAUAUCCUGGAGACAGCUUUGCCCGCUCUCCAAGCCAAAAGCAUGGUGCACGCCGACUUGCACCCUGGCAAUAUCUGCGUUCAAGAAAACAAUGGGGUGUUGUUCGCCAAAGUUGUGGACCUGGAAUCUGCUGUUCAUGUGGGAGAAAAAUUGGAAUUGAGCCCCAUCAAACAUCGCCCCGACCUUGUUCCGAACGACGACGAAAUAGCAUCCCUCAAAAUGGACCAAGUGAUGGUAGCGGCGAUUCUUCACUGCCUUUGGGAGGUCGGCUCCUUUCAGGACUUGGUGGAAAAAGCCAUGGGGCUCAAUAAUGAAAAAAGUGAGAACAAGUACCAAGCCGAAUAUAAGAAGAUCGCGGAGAAGGUCAAAGGGGCCGCGACGAAAGACGGACAAAUGACCUGA